CGCCGAGAAUAAAUAGCUGGUCUUGUCCGAGGCCCGUUGGAAACUCCUUCAGUUCUUCUGUUCUUAGCAGACCGGCAAAGUUGUGGCACAGAGACCCCAAAGCGCAUCCCGGAAUCCCCUUCUCACCCGCAAACCGAGGUCUCCCCGCACCGACUUCGGAAAGAACAGCGAAAGAGCAGCUGAAGAUCUGCUCGUCCGCCAAUUGCGAUUGUUGGGACGAUUCGCUUAGCUGCGACUAAAUUCAAUAUAUAUUUAAGUCAUGGAUAGGCUUGCUCGUCCAGUCUCCCGACAGCUGUUGAGACCGCGCCUUCGUUAUCCCUUCUCCGUUCCUCCUCCCAUCUACGCUAAACGCCUUUACACCAUGGGUUACACCGUCCCUCCGCUUAAGGACAAGUCCCUCUUCAUCCAGAAGGCGUACGUCAAUGGCGAGUGGGUAGACGCUCAAUCCGGGAAGACCUUUGAAGUCCACGACCCUGCAUCCGGAAAACUCAUCGGCACAUGCCCCGAAUUCACCGCUGCCGACACCGACAAGGCCAUUCAGGCCGCCCAAGAGGCAUUCCCCAAGUUCCGCACAACGCUGGCCCGCGAGCGCGCCCGCAUGCUGCGCAGAUGGUACCAGCUCAUGAUCGACAACGCAGAGGACCUGGCCACCCUGAUAACCUGGGAGAACGGGAAGCCCCUCGCUGACGCCAAGGGCGAGGUGAACUAUGCCGCCAGCUUCUUCGAAUGGUUCAGCGAAGAAGCCCCCCGUAUCUACGGUGACACAAUUCCGUCCUCCGUGGCCGGUAACCGGGUCAUCACCCUCAAGCAGCCCGUCGGUGUCUGCGGUCUUAUCACACCAUGGAACUUCCCCGCUGCCAUGAUCACUAGAAAGAUCGGUCCCGCCCUGGCGGCUGGUUGCACCGUCGUUGCCAAGUCCCCUGGUGAGACGCCCUUCACCGCGAAUGCCCUCGCCGAGCUGGCCCACCGCGCCGGUAUCCCCAAGGGUGUCGUCAACAUCGUCACCGCGGCACAGAACACCCCCGAGGUCGGCGAAGCCAUCACUACCCACCCAGAGGUUCGGAAGGUCUCUUUCACCGGCUCCACCAACGUCGGCAAGCUUCUUAUGAAGCAGGCCUCUUCCACCAUCAAGAAGGUCUCUUGGGAGCUGGGUGGCAACGCGCCUUUCAUUGUCUUCGACGACGUUGAGGACCUUGAUGCCGCCGUUGCAGGUGCUAUCGCCUCCAAGUUCCGUAGCUCUGGCCAGACCUGCGUCUGCGCGAACCGGAUCUACGUGCAGCGCGGCGUGUACGACGAAUUCGUCAAGCGCUUCGUGGCCAAGGUCAACGACUUCAAGCUCGGUGCGGGUUUCGAAGAGGGCGUCACCCACGGCCCUGUCAUCCACAACCGCGCCGUCGACAAGGUCGAUGAACAUGUCCGUGACGCUGUGUCCAAGGGCGCCAAGGUCCUUGCUGGUGGCCAGAAGGCUCCUCACCUCGGCCCUAACUUCUACGAUCCCACCGUCCUCGCCGAAAUGAGCAAGGACAUGCUGAUCGCCUCCGAAGAAACCUUCGGUCCUGUGGCCGGUCUCUUCCCCUUCGAGACCGAGAAGGAGGUCGUCAAUCUUGCCAACCGCGCUGAGGUCGGUCUGGCCGGAUACUUCUUCAGUGGUAACGUCAAGCGCAUUUUCCGCGUUGCGGAGGCUCUGGAAGUCGGUAUGGUUGGUGUCAACACGGGUCUUAUCAGUGACGUUGCUUCUCCAUUCGGCGGUGUCAAGCAGAGCGGCUUCGGUCGGGAGGGAAGCAAGUACGGUAUCGAUGAGUUCUUGACGAUCAAGAGUGUGACUUUCGGUGGAAUUGAGCCUCUACAGUAAAAGGCCUUUGCACAAAUUACGGUUUUAUAUGAUAGGAUAGAUUGGUCGGAUACUUUUUUUUU